CGCUAAAGUCACCAACCACGUCCGCCGAACGAACAUUAUCGGCCAGUUCGUCGUGGUGGCAAGUGCCUCCUUCAUCGUCGUCUCUUCGGGAUCACGUCGUUCUGUCGGCGUCCGAAAAUGCGGUCUCUCUGCACGUUUGUUCUACUCGUAGUACUCGCUAUUGUCACAGCGGACAUCUACCUGGACGAGAAAUUCAACGAUGAUUCAUGGGAAAAAACUUGGGUCUACUCUGAGUAUCCGGAUAAAGAAUUUGGAAAAUUUGUUUUAAGUCAUGGAAAAUUUUGGAACGAUCCAGAAAAUGAUAAAGGUAUUCAGACAUCACAAGAUGCAAGGUUUUAUGCUGUCAGUAAGAAAUUCACUCCGUUCAGCAAUAAGGAAAAGACUCUUGUUAUCCAAUUCACUGUCAAGCAUGAACAAAACAUUGACUGUGGUGGUGGAUAUCUCAAAGUGUUCGAUUGCUCAAUCGACCAGAAAAAUUUGUAUGGAGAAAGCCCAUACCUAAUUAUGUUCGGACCUGAUAUUUGUGGCCCAGGAAUUAAAAAAGUGCAUGUCAUCUUUAAUUAUAAAGGCAAGAAUCUUUUGAUAAAUAAAGACAUUCGCUGCAAGGACGAUAUCUACACACAUUUGUACACGUUGAUUGUUAAACCUGAUAAUACAUACAAGGUACUCAUCGACAACGAGGAAGUAGAGUCCGGUGAGUUGGAAGCAGACUGGGGUUUCCUCCCUCCAAAGAAAAUCAAGGAUCCAUCUCAAACCAAACCUGCAGAUUGGGAUGACAAACCCAGUAUCGAUGAUCCUGAGGAUAAAAAACCAGAGGACUGGGACAAACCCGAGCACAUUCCUGAUCCUGAAGCUACCAAACCUGAGGACUGGGAUGACGAAAUGGAUGGCGAAUGGGAAGCACCCAUGAUCGAUAAUCCUGAUUACAAGGGUGAAUGGAAACCGAAACAAAUCGACAAUCCUAACUAUAAGGGACCGUGGAUUCAUCCCGAAAUCGAUAAUCCUGAAUAUACAGCUGAUCUCGAGCUUUAUAAGCGUGACGAAAUCUGCGCUGUCGGUUUUGAUUUAUGGCAAGUUAAAUCUGGUACCAUUUUCGAUAACGUUCUAAUCACCGAUGAUCCGGAAGUCGCGCGCAAAUUCGGAGAAGAAGUCUGGAAACCUACAUUGGAAGGUGAAAAGAAAAUGAAAGAAGCGCAAGACGAAGAGGAAAGGAAGCAAAGAGACAAAGAGGUAAAAGAAAGCGAAAGCAAAGACGAAGAUGAUGAAGAUGAAGAUAACAAUAUACCAGAUGCUGAAAAUGAAGAUAAUAAUAUACCAGAUAUACCCGAAGAUGAUGAUAACGAUAAACCAGAUGAAGAGCAUGAUGAAUUGUAAAUAUAAAUGAAUGUGUCGCGCGUGGACGUAAACACACACAGACUGUAUUCCAGAAGCUACGUGGUCGCGACGCGUACUAAUUCUCCCACAGGCACAAAAUUGUAAUCUAAAGACAUGCAAUAGCAAGAGAACAGGAUAAUAGUCUCGUCGAUUAUGUCGCCAUAUUUUCUACGAAGAUGUUACGUUGAGUUCGGUUUUAGAUUUCAAAAUAAAGUCUCGCCCAAUAUUUCAGUAAUUAUUUUGGUCUUGGUAUCACAGCGUCUAAACAUUUUUAAUCACGAUAUAAUUUAUUACUAUUCGAGCGCAAAUUAUCCUGAAAUAUUAACUUGUAAACGUCGAUCGUGUAAGUAUAGAUCAAGUGAUUGAUAUUUCCACGAGAUACAUCGGAUGUGUGUGGAAUACAAAAAAAAAAAACAAUAUUAAAAAUUAGAGAAAGAA